AUGGCUUGUUUCUUUGCAGUGGCUGUGAAUCCCCGUGGAGGUUUUAGUAAUCCCAUCACUAAGCAGUUCAAGAUUCUUUUUGUCCCUUCUGAUGAACUUCAUGCUGUUGAUGUGAGUGAUGAACUUGUGAGUCUUAGUUUGGCCUUUGAUCCUUUAAAACCACCUCACUAUAAGUCAUCAGAAGACGAUUCUUGGAGUAUGUUGGGAUCAGCUUUGCCGUUGCCGUUGCCAUAUGAUAUAGAAUCUAGAGAAGUUUUCUUCAAUGGUGCAAUGCAUUGGCAUAGUUCCAGAGAUACCUCUUUAUAUUUUGAUGUUGAUAGUGAGACCUUGAAGACAAUGCCAAAGCUGCCGAUUUUUUCAAGGGAUAGAAUGCAUUGCAAAAUUCAAUACUUUGAGGAGUGUUGGGGUCAUUUGCUUAUGGCGGUGAACAACGACCAUUCCUAUUUUGAAUUUGAUGUUCCCGAAAUGGCAUCUGAUUAUUCAGGGUGGUCUUUAAGGUAUCAUGUGAAUCUUCAAUCAAUGACACAGGUCUUUCCGGAACUCACAGAUACGCAUUUUGGAUUUAGUGUAGUGACAAUGAUUAAAGGUGGAAUAGAGGAAGAGGAGUUGAUGGCUGUGAUAGUUGUGGAUCAUAAAGGCAUACCCUAUAGAGCCAUAUCCUAUAAUCUUCAUGAUGGGAUAGCAACCAAGAUUUGUGAUUUGCAGCCUACAAGUUAUGCUAGAUCAAUACCAGUACUUUUGUGGGCACUUAAAAGAGCAGAAGUAACCAAAUAUCCAACUGAUUUUGCCAAAAAUCCUUCAUUUACUAACAUAUGUGCCAACAUAGCCUAA